GCCAUGGCUGGGAUAGGAGCUUGCAGCGAGUGUCGCGUUGCGUCCGGUUCGACUGCAGUCGGUGAUGGCGGAGGCUUUGGGCGCGGUCCGGUAGGGGCAUCAGGGAAGUACCUGGUGCCUGGAUAUCCGGGAAACCUCGAGAAUCGCUACGUGGCCGAAGGCUGCCGGCCAAGCAUCCGCUCGGCGAGGGCUUUUUCAUUCAGCUCGUACCACUGUGCCCUCGCCGCACGUGUUGCAGCCCGCAUGCCACCUCCAGAAAUCACAGAACCUUGCGGCCCACUGAGGCUGUACGCAGAGUGCCGGGAGCCGUGCUUAGUGAUCUUCGAUUUUCACAAGGGCCCUGCAGGGAAAACGCUUGGCACGUAGAAGGCUUCAACGAAUUGGAUGCAUGCAUGCAUGAACGAACCUACACUAGUCCAGAAGGUGAGGAUUACAGGUUCCUGAGAGGAGGAGGUGGGAGUUUUCAACUUUAUUGAGUUUCUGGACCGGAAGAGCUGAGGAAGCCCAAACUUGAGCUGAAGCAACUCUACUGAGGUCAGCCCCAUGGCCGUUCCACACGAUUCACACGAGACUUCCUAUUUGCUGCCUCCAAACAGUAAGGACUGGGAAGGGCAUGGCAUUCCUGACUUUGUCUACGGGCAGGAGGAGCUGGUGCUGGAAGGGAUUCAGUGGCCGAGGGACGCGCCCGGCCUCCCGGAGGACUCCGUACCACCGUCUCGCUUCGACUCUGUGCUCUGCUCCGCCUGGAGGCAGCGGGUGGAGCUGGGGCUGUUCCGCUACCGCCUGGGGGAGCUGCAGACCCAAACCCUCCCCGGUGCCGUGGGUUUUGUGGCUCAGCUGAACGUGGAGCGAGGUGCGCAGAGGAGGCGCCCUCAGAGCAUCAGUAGUGUGAAGCAGGCGUUUGACCCUGCACUGUUUAACUUCAACAAGAUCCGGCCAGGAGAAGUCCUCUUCCGUCUGCUCCGGGAGCCCGAUCUGCCAGGAGCUCUCCAGCAAGAGGACAUCCUCGUAAUGAUCAAUGUCAGCCCCUUGGAGUGGGGCCACGUGCUGCUGGUGCCCGAGCCCACCCGUGGGCUCCCCCAGCGCCUGCUGCCCGGUGCGCUGCGGGCCGGGGUCGAGGCUGUGCUGCUGAGCUCACACCCAGGCUUCCGCGUCGGCUUCAACAGCCUGGGUGGCUUGGCCUCAGUGAACCACCUCCACCUGCACGGGUAUUACCUGGCCCACAGACUGCCUGUGGAGGGAGCACCGAGCGAGCCCCUGGACCCCGGCGGGCAUCUGCACCUCCUCCAGGCCGUCCCAGCGCCCGGCUUCCUCUUUUACACUAGCAGGCCGGGGCCUGACUUGGAAGCCUUGAUAGGCAGGGUAUGUCGGGCCACCGACUAUCUGACUGACCGCGAGAUCGCCCAUAAUUUGUUUGUGACCCGGGGGGCCCCACCUGGAAAGACAUCACACUCCUCGGCUCUCACGGGGGUCCGAGUGAUUCUGUGGGCCCGGAAGUCCAGUUUUGGGGUAAAGGAAGGCGAGGCGUUCAACGUGGCCCUCUGUGAGCUGGCCGGGCACCUCCCUGUCAAGACGCCCCAGGAUUUCAGCAGUCUGACAGAGGCGGCUGCUCUGGCCCUCAUUCAAGACUGUCUGCUGCCCCCCGCCCAGGCAGAAGAGGUCCAGGCAGCGCUAGUGGCCUUGAUAGCCCAGGACGAGCAGUAAUCCUUCCGGAAGUAUUUAUUUUCUACCCGGUCUAACUCCCUUUCCAGAAAGCCGUCCACAGGGUCCACAGGGGUCGUUUGGGCAUUUCUGUGACUGCCUUCUUACCUGUCUCAGCCUAAGGGGACGGGUAAAGAAUUGACAAGUGGCCUCUUUAAAGAGAAGAAACGUUAGAAUAGAUCGAACAAAUGAGCCUUCGUGCAUGUAUCUGCUUCUCACCUUCCGUCUUGGACAAGCCUCAGGGAUGUCAAACCUGUCACCGAGAAGGGAGUAUGCGCAAGAGUUCCGUACUCCUGACUUUGUAUCUGGACUUUUCCCUUCCGGUCACGUCUUGGCAGAGUGAUAGUUCAUGUGCCUCUGGCACUGUGCCCCCGUUUCCUCUGCUCUCGCCUCUCUGCUUAUUCUCCCGUCGCCCACCCCCCACUGGUUAUCAUUUCUUCAUCCCUCCCGUCUGUUCGGCCCUGCUUACAGCACCUUCCCCUCCCAGGCCACCCUUGAAUUUUCCUCCAGCCCUCAGCCCUGAGUUGAAUAUUCCUCAUCUGCAUCAUAAGUUGUCCUCGCAACUUGAGUACGGCCAUUUAACACUUAACAGACGAGGAGCUGGAGGCUGACAGGUUUUGCAACUUGCCCAAGGCCAGAUAGCUCUCCGGUACUGGAGUGGGGACCGUAGCGCGGGCGGUCAGGUGCCAGAAGCCCGGGUUGUGCCCUUGUGACUGCCUCUGUAGGCAACUGCUCCCUUAAUGGUGUCGUCCUUAACAGUUGACAGGCGCUGAGCUGAGGUUCCCGUCCCUGGAUAGUUGGCUUCCUCUGUUCAGGCCUGUAUGAAAUUUUUACGUAGAACUUUAGGUGCUUUAUAUCCCAAAAGAUGUUGUAAAGUCUCAUCGAGAUAAGGCAGGAUAUGUACAAGUAAAAGUUCGUAAGAAGAACAGUUUAGGGGUGCCUAGGGGGCUCAGUUAAGCGUCUGGCUUCAGCUCAAGUCAUGAUCUCGCAGUUCGUUGAGUUCGA